AUGACGGUGCACGAGGCGCCGGGGGCCCCGUGCGAGGCGGCGCCGCGCGACUGCCAGGACGUCUACGCCCGGGGCGCCGAGGCCGACGGCGUCUACCUCAUCUACCCGGCGGGGCCCGGCCUGCCCGUGCCCGUCUACUGCGUGAGCACCCAAGGCCACGUCUGGACGGUCUUCCAGAAGCGUUUCAACGGCUCCGUCAGCUUCUUCCGCGGCUGGAACGACUACCGGGCGGGCUUCGGGCGGGCCGACGGCGAGUACUGGUUGGGCCUGCAGCACCUGCACCUGCUGACGCUGCAAGGGCGCUACGAGCUGCGCGUGGAGCUCGAGGACUUCGAGAACAACACGGCCGCCGCCACCUACGGCACCUUCGCCCUCUCGCACGCCAUCAGCGGCGAGGAGGACGGCUACACCCUGCACGUGGGCGGCUUCGUGGACGGCGGCGCCGGCGACUCGCUGAGCUACCACCGCGGGCAGAAGUUCUCCACCUUCGACCGCGACCAGGACGUGUACGUGCAGAACUGCGCUGCGCUCUCGUCGGGCGCCUGGUGGUUCCGGAGCUGCCACUUCUCCAACCUCAACGGGCUCUACCUGGGCGGCGCGCACGCCACCUACGCCAACGGCCUCAACUGGGCCGCCUGGAAGGGCUUCAACUACUCGCUGCGCCGCAGCGAGAUGAAGAUCCGCCGCCUCUGAGGCCGCCGCCCUGCCCCGGCGUCCGUCCGUCCGUCCGUCCCGUCCGUCCGUCCCCCGCCGCUGCCACCCGCCGCCGCCGUCGGUCUCCCCCCCCCUCUCCGCCGCUGCCGCUUCCAAUAAAUCCCCGGUCCGGUCCGGCACAGACGAGA